AUGCUCAAUGCGCAUCGCGGAUCUAGCAAGCUGACAUCACUCGCUGACGCCACCGGCGGUGGUGCCAUUGGCUAUGCCAAGACAGGCUCCGUUCCCUCAAUCGCCGCCGGCGGCCUCGUUGGCCUCUUGUACGGUCUCGGCGGAUAUCGCAUCGCCAACGGCCAGCCUUACGGUGUGGAGCUGAGCCUUCUCGCCUCGGUUGUCCUGGGAGCUUCAGCCUUUCCUCGAGCUAUCCGCCUGAGGAAGCCUGUGCCUAUUUUCCUUAGCAUCCUAUCCGCCUAUGGUCUCUACACCUUUGGCACUGCCGUGCGCAGAGCUUAA